AUGAGUCUGAAGCUUCUCACAUUUCUUCUCACAGUGAGCAAUGCUCUAGAGUUUCCUAAUAUUUCAACCAGCCCGCUGGAGGUCUACACAAUCCAAACUCCAAACAUCACCGCCAAGUUCAUACCCUAUGGAGCUCGUCUCACAUCUUUACUGGUCCCAGACCGUCAUGGAGACGAGCAAGAUAUUGUUCUCGGCUACGAUAACCCCGCACAAUAUAUAAUUGACACUGAAACGGACCAUACCUACUUCGGCUCAGUGGCAGGACGCUACGCCAACCGCAUCCAAAACGGAACUUUCAAGAUUGACGGAGUAGAAUACAAUGUCUCAAUUAACAGGCCUAUUGAUCACUACACCCUCCACGGCGGCCUAGUGGGUUGGGACCAGCGAAACUGGACUGUAUACGAUAAUACGACGUCCUCUGUCACAUUCGCUCUAUACGAUGAUGCCUUUGAAGGAUUCCCAGGAAAAGUCAUCUCCUAUGCCACCUACACAGUGUCCACCUCUUCCGAUGGCCUCCCCGAACUAACAACAAAAGUGGUCUCUCAAUCACUCACUCACAAAACCCCCAUCAUGCCCACAAACCACAACUACUGGAACCUAGACGCAUUCCUCACUUCGACAAUCACCGACCUCUGGCUUGAACUCCCACUCUCGCGCCGGUUCAUCGGCAUAGACAAGUUCGAAAUUCCAACAGGCCAACUCUACGACGUGGCAUCAUCAUUCAACGGCUCAGCGGAUUUCCUCCAAGGAAAACCUAUCGGCAAGGACAUCAACAAAACAGAGGGACUUUGUGGUCAGAAUUGUAUCGGGUAUGAUACAUGCAUGAUCAUCGACCGUCCGAAUGCCACAAGUUCCUCCGAAAUCGUAUCAGUUCUCAACAUGAGAUCGAAUCAGACAGGUAUAACAAUGGAGGUCAUGAGUAACCAACCAGCUAUACAAAUCUACACCUGCAAUGGGGCCGGUCCGUUCCCUGUCAAGCCUUCACAAAUCAAACGCAAUCAGCAAAAAGGUGUUACGGUUGUGAACAACCAUGGAUGUAUAGCUAUUGAGCCCGAGGGGUGGAUUGAUGGAAUUAAUCAUCCUGAGUGGGAGCAAGAAUCUGAACAGGUCUUUGGGCCUAUGGAUGAGCCGGCGGUUAAUCUGGCGGUUUACAAAUUCGGGACUGUUUCUUGA